AUGCCCAACUCGGACGCCUUGGUGAUGCACGACGUACAGACGGUGAGCCGUGUGCAUGUGCUUUCUGGUUCGCCGACGAGUUCCGGCAGUGCCUUCGUCGAGAAAGUCCUCUUCCUCGUGUUGAUGGGCUUCCUGCUCACUCUGCUCGUCAGCAUCAUCACUGUCUGUCUUAUUCGCGUUCGACCCGUUUGCCCGAUCGACAUGAACGGGACACGCCGACGUGGUGAGCCAUUGUGUUCGACUUCGUAG